AUGGCAUUAAAGGCCAAGAGUAAUGAUAUUGAUGAGUCUUCAAACGAUGAAGAUUCUAAGAUGAAGUCCUAUAUUACAAGGCAAAUCAAGAAGUUCAUGAAGAAUGCCAAUAGGAAGGGCUUCGACAAGGAUCGUAAGCAAUCUAGUUCCUUUCAGUUCAAAAGCCAAGACAAAGGGAAGAAGGAUGCUAGGGAUGGCGGUCAGUAUACUAUUCCUUCAAGACCAAAACGGCAGGCUCGCCUUGGUGGCUUUGUGGAGUCUCCUUCUCUUCCUUCCAAGGCAUCUGAGACAUCCGAGGAUGAUGACGACUCCGACAACGAUGAUGAUGAUGAGGAUGGAGAUGCUAGCUCUUCCGGCACUGACGAGAUGUCUACUUAA